GAUGCGACGCCUGAGGCCGAAGAUCCAUUCCAUGUGUGGCCAGGGAGUCCCAAACCGUUCUUUAAGCAACCGGCGCCAGCUCGAGCUCCAAACUUGUUAAGUUCAGCGUGCUACUGGUCACAGCUCGUGAAAAGAAAACGAAAUCUCCCCAUCUCUUGACAUAGGCGCGAAAUUCACGGAGAUCGUCCCUGCUGUGGCAUGUAGCGCCGCCGCCACAGCCAACUCAUGGACACGGAGGUCGCCGAUGACAAGCCGUCUGCUGGCACCGUGACGGUGGUGGUGGAGAAUUCCAUCUCGGGCGAAGUCAUUGCCACCUGGUCCGAGGUGCCGCAGGACGAGCACCUGGAAGCACUGCAGAGGCUGCUGCCAACAGACCUGCACUCCAGGUUCAAGUUCGCCUCUGAGUCGGUGAGCCUUCUCGACCUGCAAGCGACUGAAGGCGUGAUCAGGCUCCACGCCUGCCGCGUGCGGGCCCCGUUGCUCUUCUCGGAGGUCAGCGAGUCCGUCACGUUGUCGGGCGAUGCGGAUGACCCUUCGCAGAUGGGUGCCACCAUCGCCAGCCGCGAUGGCGAUCACACGGGGGGCAUGGCCAUGACGGAAGCGCUGCGGUGGGCAGAUGGCGUAGCUUCCUUCGAAGUGGUGAUCAUGGAGAUGGAAAAGUUCGGCUCGGAGGGCAUUGAGAUCGGCAUCACCAACUGCAGCAGGGCAGAUGGCUUUUCGCUUCACCAGAAAUAUGCGGUGCUGUCGCAGCCAUCAUGGGUCAGCAGCGAUGCAGGGAAUCUCUGGAUCAGUGGCAGCAAGCAGUAUGGUGCUGCCUUUCCGCCUUGGAAGGACGUGACACCGCGGAGACUCCAAGCGGACGACGUGGUGCGCUUGGCCUUCUACGCGGAGACCGGCGACAUGGAGAUCUACGUCAAUGAGGUGAGGCAGGCUCGAUGGUCGGGCGAAAAGAUGCCCAAGUCUAAGACUCUGGUCGUAUCUGAGGGGCAACAACUCUACGGCCUUGUUGGCCUGCGCCGGCCGCUGAAAGUGGCACGGGUGCGGCUGCCCAGAUGAAGUCGCGACU